AUCAACAAGAACUACAAAGCAACAACCAGCAGCAGCAGCAGGAGCAGCAUAUAGAAGAGCGCAGAAUACCGUUAGGCAGCAGCAGCAUCAGCGCGGUCCGGGCGAACAAUUGCAAGACGCCAAACUCAACGGCAAAAGUCGCCAACAUAACACAUAAAAUUUUUGGCUGGCUACGCAAAACGCGCAAAGACAAGAAACCGGUCGCAAUCCUCAGCAGCGAUUUCGGGGACGAAGACGGCGACGAGGGCGUGGGUGGUGUGGGCGUGUGCGUGGUGGGCACAUCUGGUGCAGCAGCCGGUGGGGCGUUGGACGAUCAAAUUUCUUCAUUGGCAAGCGUUGGAAUUAAAGCCGGCAAGCUGAAUACCACACAGUCAGCCACGGAGACCGCCAACGAUUCAAACGAACCCAAAUCUGAAAAGAUGUCAUCGGGCACGUUUGUGGAUCGAAUCGACCCGUUCGCCAAACGUUCACUCAAAAAGAAGAGUAAAAAAAGUCAAGGUUCCUCGCGUUACAGAAACUCUCAGGAUGUUGAGCUGCAGCAAUUGCCGCCGCUAAAAGCCGAUUGCUCGAGCUUGGAACAGGAGGAGCUGUUUAUACGGAAAUUACGUCAGUGCUGCGUAUCAUUUGACUUUAUGGAUCCUGUUACGGACUUAAAGGGCAAGGAAAUCAAACGGGCUGCUCUCAAUGAUCUAUCCACCUAUAUAACACACGGGCGUGGCGUGCUUACGGAACCAGUCUAUCCCGAAAUAAUACGCAUGAUUUCUUGCAAUUUAUUUCGCACAUUGCCGCCCAGUGAAAAUCCCGAUUUUGAUCCCGAAGAGGAUGAUCCAACACUGGAGGCCUCCUGGCCCCAUUUGCAGCUGGUCUAUGAGGUGUUCUUGCGCUUUCUGGAAUCCCAAGAUUUUCAGGCGACCAUUGGCAAACGUGUGAUCGAUCAAAAGUUUGUGCUGCAGCUAUUGGAACUGUUCGAUUCGGAAGAUCCGCGCGAGCGUGACUUUCUGAAGACGGUCUUGCAUCGCAUCUAUGGGAAAUUCUUAGGCUUACGCGCUUUUAUACGAAAACAGAUCAACAACAUAUUCUUGAAGUUCAUCUAUGAGACGGAGCAUUUUAAUGGCGUUGGCGAGCUGCUCGAGAUACUUGGCAGCAUCAUUAACGGAUUUGCCUUGCCAUUGAAGGCGGAACAUAAACAAUUUCUGGUUAAGGUUCUGUUGCCGCUGCACAAAGUCAAAUGCCUGUCGCUUUAUCAUGCUCAGCUGGCGUAUUGCAUUGUACAAUUCCUAGAGAAGGAUCCAUUCCUCACCGAUCCGGUGGUGCGUGGUCUGCUCAAGUUCUGGCCCAAGACCUGCUCCCAAAAGGAGGUCAUGUUCUUGGGCGAAAUUGAGGAGAUCUUGGAUGUGAUCGAUCCGCCGCAGUUUGUCAAGAUACAGGAGCCGUUGUUUCGCCAAAUUGCCAAAUGCGUAUCGAGUCCACAUUUUCAGGUUGCUGAACGUGCUCUAUAUCUGUGGAACAAUGAAUAUGCCAUGUCGCUAAUUGAGGAAAACAACGCUGUUAUAAUGCCCAUCAUGUUCCCGGCGCUCUAUCGCAUCAGCAAGGAGCAUUGGAAUCAGACCAUCGUUGCACUUGUCUACAAUGUAUUGAAGACGUUCAUGGAAAUGAAUUCAAAACUCUUCGAUGAGCUGACCUCCAGCUACAAGGCGGAAAGGCAAAAGGAAAAGAAGCGUGAGCGCGAUCGCGAAGAGCUGUGGAAGAAGCUGCACGAACUCGAAUCGAAUCGUUCCAGCGGGCGCGCCGCAGGCGGCAGCGCUGCAACAGCGAACAGCAGCGCAUCAGCUGCGGCGGCGUCAUCGUCGUCAUCCGCAGCGUCACUGCAGCCGUCGAACAUAGCCGCCGGCACUGGCGCCAUCAACUCUCAUCAGCAACAGUCGAAUAGCAGCAGCAGCGGCAGCCUUUCCAGUGGCGGCGGCCUCGGCGUCGGUGGUGACAAUAAUCCUGCGACAGCAAAUGCAAAAAACAAAUCAGAAAAGGCAGACAACUAAAUAGAAGCAACGCAAUGCGCGCUUGAAACUAACAAUAAACAACAACCACAGCAACAACAACAAGAACAGCAAGAGUUAAAUGCAAAAAUUAACACACACACACAAAACACCCAACAAACAAGUUUAAGAACAACACGAACAACAACACAUAAAAUGUUAGCCGGCUCCGCACACCCAAAACCAACACACUACACCUACACACACACGUACACUCUAAACCCAAACAAACACACACACACACAUCUAUAUAUAUAUAUAUAAAAUUAAAUCAAAUCAAAGAAAUGAAUAAGAAUGAAUAUUGUUGAGCUGGCGAUAAAUAGUUAUAAACACAAAGAGCAGCAAAAUGCUAACUUAAUAAAUAUGAAAACUAAA